GGGUAUUAGACUGCACAGCCCGUUUUAAUAUUGAAUUAACCCUUGAUGAGAACCUGCUAAAAAUCGUUACGAGAACGCUCACAGCGUUGAAAACAUAUUAGUUUGAGGCUUGUAGACCCGGGAAAUCUACACAUAUGUACCUCCCCCCCCAUCCACAGGUACAAGUCCAAGGUGGGCGUUUUCUCUUUGUCUCCCUGCUACCUCCACUUCCGCUGCUUGGUUCUCCGCUAUGUCUAUUGGCUACGAGGAACAAACGUACGUCGCCAUCCAAUCCACGACAUUCAGCUGGCAUACCCCCAAAAAACCACAGGAGACUACACGACAGCAUUGACUUCGCGGCCCUCUGUGCGUACCAGGAUGCCGUCGUCUCUUCAUUGUCUUCAGCGCUUAUAAAAGCUGAGUGUGCGCUGAAACAGUUCUUUUUCUCUACGAUCACCUCAUUACGUUGGCGGAAGAGGUCACGUAUAUAUGGGCACGUCCGAAGCGUGCAUCCGCGAUUUUAUUCCUCGUCAACCGGUAUCUAGGGUGUCUCUCGACAGUGGCUCAAGCAGCGGUGUUAUUCGUCGUUAUGUCACCAGAGGUUCGGCUUACCUGGCUCGCGGCAUUCAUAUCUUACCUUGUUCGGAUGUUGUUGUCCUUAGAG